AUGGAGGGAGAUACCAUCAGGCACCAGGACGGUCCGCUCCCAGACACACUUUAUGACCCGAGUAUCUGCUCCAUCAGCGCCACAGAACCAGUGUCAGAUUCAUUCCAACUCUCUCCAUCCUCCUCCUCUCUCAAACCCACACUGACCUGUCUCAAACUGCCGCCUCCCGAUGGAAACGUGCCGUUAGCCGCGGAGACGGUACCAGCUAGCGUCCGCGUGAUGGACAGGGCACUUCACUCCUGCACUCAGAUGAUCCGUCCACACAAAAAGAGGAAUGGGAUGAGUUUCUCGGGGGAGUAA